AUGGAUGUCGCAUACAAUCAACACGCCGACCGAGCUCGUCGCAAGAACCGCUCCUCUUCCAACCUCAACCAUCUCUCCCUCGCGCCUCUGACCGCCAAGCUCCCCCUCAAUGACGACGAACUCCUCGCCGACGGCAUCGCAGCCCAUCCUCACUCACCCACCCAUCCAAUUCCUUCCUACAUCCAGGGAAAGUCUGCGCCUACUACGCCGCGUCUUCUUGCUCGCUCUCCGACAGCAUCGCGCUCAAGAUCCCAUACCCGAACGCCCUCAACACCACUCGCCAAAAGCAAAUCCGCUUCGCACCUCGCAGCUGGCACAACACGCAGGACCCAAUCUGGUCGUGGAACGCCUAAACGCCACAAAGAUGAUUUGAGCUUUAGCAUGCGUCAUCGCAAUGAUAGCGAUUGGCUGCUUCGAACAGGCGCGCUCAUGAGCUCUGAGGCUCGCGAGUUCAAGGGUCAGGCUUGGCUCAUCUCGCGUCAGAGCUCAACCAGCCUCGGGGCUAUGGACCCUGACGAAAAUGCUUUCGAGACCGAACUCGCUCGCGAGCGUGAUAUCACCAGUCGUCGUGGUAGCCGUCGCGGUAGCACUGCUCUCAAUGAAGAAGAUUCUACUCCAUACGCUAGCCGGUUUCCCAGCCGCGCCCACAGUCGGUCCCACAGCUUGACACGACCUCGAAGCCUCCUCCAUUCGCCUCUGGAGCUCUCAACAACCGCUGAUGAGUCAUACUUCCCCCGCCAAGAAGCAAAUGAUGACCUCCCCGGUCCCGACUUUGUAAACCUUGAUGAGAAGCUCGAGGAGCUCGAGCAGGACCUGACUCAGGAUGACGAAGCUACCGUAAGACGGCUAGUGCGUAAGGGCCAGUCAGGUACUGGCACCUGGUUCGGAAGCGUCUGGUCCCUCUUCUCGGUCGAAGAAGACGAUGAGGAUUCAGACGAAGAUAGUGACGAGACUCCGGUUGAAGGAGGCUCUCAAUUCGAUCGCUCUCGUAGUUGGUCUUCUCGGAAUCUGGCAGGCAUAUCAACAGUUCCCGAAGAACGUUUGCCACCUCCACGUACUGAUGAGGGCGGCUGGAGAGAUGCGGCUUGGUUGUUGAGCGUGGCGACGAAGGUGAUGUUUUAG